AUGGCUCCGUCCUCCGUGAAGCGGAGCCCCGACAUCAAGCAGCGCUCAGACGGACUCUGAGAGGAAGUGUUCGAUUCCCCGGUGCUGCAGCCGCCAUGUUCACGGAUGAGCGCGUGGACGCCGCGAGCCUGCGCUCCGCGUGGAGGAAGUCCGAGGCGGUGCUCGAGACGAGGGGCAGUCAGACCGCCGCGCUGCGCCGUGCGGAGGCGGAGGUCCAGACUGUGUCCACGGCGGCCGCCUCCUGUCAGACCGAGCCUGAGGAUGGCUCCGCCCAGCAGCUCCUCCCCCCACCGCAGACCCCCGGCCUGGAGGACUUCCUGCGGCGGGCGGAGGCCACGGUCACCAGGGAGCUGCUGAAGAACGCCAGGAGCCACGCCUUCGACCGCUUCCAGCCCAGCUGGGAGGACCACAGCCAGCAGGUUUCCCUCCUCCACUGCCUGCAGCACGCCGCCGCUCAGGAGAAGGGCCUGCAUGUGACCAGCCUGUCCUGGAGCUGCACCGGGUCGCUCAUCGCCUGUGCGUACGGCCGGAUUGAUGACGGGGACUGGAGCACCGAGCCGGCUUGUGUCUGCACCUGGAACCUGGACCUGCGAGGCCUGCGCUCCCAGCAGGCCGACUUGGUGGUGGAGGUUCCCACGGCGGUCACGGCGCUGUGCUGCCACCCCAGCCAGCCGGCGCUGAUCGCAGGUGGUCUGUACAGUGGGGAGGUGCUGGUCUGGGACACCAGUCGGACUCAGGACCCGGUCCUGGCUCAGACCGGCAUGUCUGCAGAGGGCCAUAGAGAGCCGGUGUACCAGGUGGCCUGGGUGGACCUGCAGAAGAAAGGGGAGUUCGGGGUUCUGAGUGCCGGUUCUGGAGGCCGGGUGCUGCUGCGGACCCUGGACCCGGACCGCGGCCUGCUGGUCCUGCACGCCGCCUACGCCUUCCUGCGGCAGCAGGUUCCCCACAGCAGCAGCAGCAGCAGCGUCAAGGUGAGAGCGGAGGAUGGAACCGCCGCCAACACUGACGGAUGUCCGAGCCCGGCGCUCCCGUCAGCCUGUGGUUCUGGUCCUGGUUCUGGUUCUGUUUCCUCCAGGCCCGCGGCAGCAGCACGGUGGGGGUCACGUCCCUGGCGCUGUCCCCGUGGGACCCGGACACCUUCCUGGUGGGGUCCGAGGGGGGCCUGCUGCUGCGCUGCUCCUUCUCGUCCCGGACGCCGGCCGCCGGCGCCGCUCCCUCGCCGGGCGCCGUGCCGCUCAGGGCGCCGGCGGUCUUCUCCUUCAGGCCCCACGGCGGACCCGUCCACUCCGUCCACUGCUCUCCGUUCCACCGGAACCUGUUUGUGGCCGCCGGCACCGACGGCACGGUGCGCCUGCACUCCCUGCUGCAGGCCCGGCCGCUGCUGUCCCUCCGGGUGUCCGAGUCCUACGUCUUCCAGGUGCAGUGGUCCCCGAGCAGACCCCUGGUGUUCGCCGCCGCCACCGGACAAGGUGAGGUGCACCUGUUCGACCUGGGUCGCAGGUCUCCGAGGCCGGCGGCCACGGUGGAGCGGGGCGGCUCCGGCCAGGCGGCCACCUGCCUGUCCUUCAACCGCCGGCGCCCGGAGAUGCUGGCCGUGGGGAAGACGGACGGCACGGUGAGCGUCUGGCGGCUGAGCGCCGCGCUGACGGAGCAGGGCCCCCGGGAGGCCGGCGCGCUGGAGCAGAUCGCCCAGCAGGUGGCGGAGUGAAGUCACCCGCUGCCAACAUCUGGAGCCACCGCUGGAGCCUCCGAUGCUAAUGCUAACGCUAACGUCUGUGUCCAGACAGGCUGCUGGGACGCAGCAGUGACAGUUUGUUGUAUAUUGAACCACUGCUGGGUUUUUAUUUUCAACAAGAGUAAAGAAACUCAACUCAUGACCCAGAGACAGGUCUGGUCAGAGGUUCUGAUGAUCCCCUCAUGGUCUGAGACAGACGACUGGUUCUGUUCCCUGUCAUGAACUGUCCAGACGGAUCUCAUUGAUCAGAACAUCCUUCUACAGAGACUGGAACAGAAUUAAACUGGUCCGGAUCAUAUUGAUCAGACAGGAUCCACUUGGUUCCUGUUAUUGACUCUUCUGCUCAGAAUAAAGUUAAACAUGGAGUUCCACAGGGUUCUGUCUUAGAACCUCGACUCUUCACAUUAUACCUGCUUCCUGGAGGGAACAUCAGGAAACUCUCGCACUGUUCUGCAGAUGAAACAUCUAUUGAUCAGUGGAACCAGAUCCCGCAGAUCAACUUGUCAAACUACAAGUUUGUCUUAAAGACUUAAAAGUCUGGAGGAGUUGGAAUUCUCUGCUUCAGAACUCUGAUAAAAUACAAGUUAUGUUUGGUCCAAAACGCCUGAGAAUAAAGUGAUCCAAACAUCUAGAACCACUGAGAGGAACCUGGAGUUACCUCAGACCAGGUCUCCUUCAGGUCCACACUGAUCCAGUCUUCAGAACCUCCUUUUUUGUUCAAUAAAGUCUCAGAAU